UCUCAUGAAGACUUAUGGUCGAUGCAGUAGGAUGUACGAUAAUCAACGGUAUUGUAUUAAGUGAUCAUCUGAGGCAUCCUGCGCGGAAAAACACGUGUAAAUUGAAGGGUGUAAACAUGUGUCCGUAAAACAAAUGAAAGCGAAUCAAUGAGAUUUAUCAAUAUUAGUUUUAACGUGGCCAUUAUCGCAAUAAGUUCGGAGAUACAAAGAUGGAUCGAGGGAUACAAAAUAUAUACGAUUUGAGAAAAGUGAUCCAAGAGGAGAUGAGGGCUUCAGAGGCCCGGCUGCAAAACCUCCGGGCCCAGCUAGAAUUUAUUGAUGAGCCGUUCCUGUUGGCUCCACCCCCGCCUCCUCCACCGCUGCCGCCAACACCACCAGCGCCAUCACCAAUGCCGCCAGCAACGGCACCACCGAUGCCGUCGGCACCAGCACCACCGAUACCGCCAGCACCGGCACGUCGCCAUCAAAAUGGCGGGCGAAAGCGAAACCAAUGGUUUCAGCAACGGCGAAAUUCCGGUCCACCGAGGAAUAAUGCCGAGCAGCGCGGCCGCGGCCACGGUCGUGGAAGAGGGCGAAGCUCGGGAUCGCUUGGGUACAGAGAGUGGGGGUAG